AUGGCCGCCCAGGCCUUUGUUACCUUGUUGGGAGACGACCGAGGUGCAGGGGCUCCGAGCUUGGGAAAGUUAGAGCUGCUGGCGUCAGGCGUGCGUCUGACUCUCGAUUUCAGCGUGGGUCUGAUUUCUCAGGCUGAUGGCGAGACCAUUCUAAAAGGCCUGCGGUCCAUUUUCCAGGAGCAAGGGAUGACGGAGUCGGUGCACAGCUGGCAAGACCGCGGUUAUCUAGCGACCUACAUCAACAAAAACGGCAGCUUUGCCAGUUUGAGAAUUUACCCACAUGGAUUGGUGUUGUUGGAUCUUCAGAGUUAUGAUGGUGAUUCGCAAGGCCAAGAAGUUGACAGUCUCUUGAACAAAGUAGAAGAAAGAAUGAAAGAAUUGAGUCAGGACAGUGCUGUGCGGGUGAAGCGAUUACCGCCCAUAAUUCGAGGAGGAGCUAUUGACAGAUACUGGCCCACUGCUGAUGGUCGCCUGGUUGAGUAUGACAUAGAUGAAGUGGUGUAUGAUGAAGAUUCACCUUAUCAGAACAUUAAAAUUCUACACUCGAAGCAAUUUGGAAAUAUUCUCAUCCUUAGUGGGGAUGUUAAUCUGGCAGAGAGUGAUUUGGCGUAUACCCAGGCCAUCAUGGGCAGUGGAAAAGAAGACUACAGUGGCAAAGACGUGCUGAUUCUUGGGGGUGGAGAUGGGGGCAUAUUAUGUGAAAUAGUCAAACUGAAACCAAAGAUGGUCACUAUGGUAGAGAUUGACCAAAUGGUGAUUGAUGGAUGUAAGAAAUACAUGCGAAAAACAUGUGGCAACGUCUUAGACAAUCUUAAAGGAGACUGCUAUCAGGUUCUAAUAGAAGACUGUAUUCCAGUACUGAAGAGGUACGCCAAAGAAGGGAGAGCGUUUGAUUAUGUGAUUAAUGAUUUGACAGCCGUUCCAAUCUCCACAUCUCCAGAAGAAGAUUCCACAUGGGAGUUUCUCAGACUGAUUCUUGACCUCUCAAUGAAAGUACUGAAACAGGAUGGGAAAUACUUUACACAGGGUAACUGUGUCAAUUUGACAGAAGCCUUGUCGCUCUAUGAAGAACAGCUCGGGCGCCUGUAUUGUCCUGUGGAAUUCUCAAAGGAGAUCGUCUGUGUUCCUUCAUACUUGGAAUUGUGGGUAUUUUACACUGUUUGGAAGAAAGCUAAACCUUGAAGACCAAUCUCUCCUAAUCACGUGUGCUGCAAAUAGCCUUCCUGACCUUCACAUGCUGUACAUGACAUCGAAAUGAGUCAGGCAAUUGAUUGUGAUUUCCUUCAAGUUUUCUUUUUUUAAUUAUUAUUUUUAAUUUAAACAAAACAAAUGGGAAAUGUAUAUUUUGAUGCGCUAGGGUGUUAAUUUUUUUGAAAGUCAGCUGAAGGAUGAUUAGACAGCACAGCGAAGGCUGCUAAAUGCACUGAACCCCUAGAAUGUGAUUUUUGUUACUUUUGUGUGUGUGUGUGUGUGGGCUUUUUGUUUUUGUUUUGGUAGACUUUGAAUUUGGUUGUUUGGAGGAAUGAACAUCAUUGUUUUGUUCUGGAGGGAAGUUCUUGGAUGGUGUUUCUUUCCCCCAAAAUUGACUUAGCUAUUAAAAUUUGGUGCUUAUAAGAAAGAGUUAAGAAAAAAAUGAAUAGCAAUGCUUCGAUUAAAAUUAUAAAUGAGAAA